AUGGCCAUGAAAAGCCUGCAGAGGGACAUGGAGGAGUUAAAGGAGUCCAUAAAUAUGAUGUCCUCUGAUAUUACAAACUUGAUGAAGCAAAAUACAACCAUAACCUGGCUGUUGACUGAAAUCAAACUGUUGAAAACAAAGAAUAUGGAGCAGGAGAAAAAGAUUGCAUUCUUGGAAAAUAGAGUGUCUGACCUGGAGCAGUAUUCCCGCAUGAAUGAUGUUGUUGUCAGCGGGUUACAGACCAAGCCUCGGUCAUAUGCACGGGCAGUUUCAACAGAGAAACCACCAUGCCUGACCAAGAUUCCAUCGAGCAACAAGUGA